ACUCCCUCCUCGAACUGGCGGGAAAAUUCUCAUCCCCAAUUAUUAAAAUUAGGGUUUCAUCCAAUAAAAACCAGAAACACUUCUCAAUCUAGCCAAUUAACCAAAUCUUUUUGCUUGUCUGAUUCUCUACCUACUCGAUUCAGCUUCUGCAAACUUGUUUCUCAAAGAAAAAACAAUGAGCAAAGAAGAAACUCCACAAGUUACAAGAAGAACAACAAGAUUAUCAGCAACCCACACCCCAAAUGCAAUUCAAAGCCCUACAAAAAGCAUCAAUCUUCCACCACUCUCGCUUCACAAUCUCGUGUAUGGAGAACAACAAGAACCCCUAACUUUUGAUGAUCUAAUUUCCAGUUUACCCGGAAGAAAAAACCAAAUUUUUGACCUUUUACGCCUCUUAGGUCCGGUGAAUUCCCCCAUGUCUCCGAUGUUCGUAUACGGUUCCGCAUCGACCGGUAAAACGAGUACUAUUCUUCGGGUUUUUCGGUACUUAAACCGGCCAUUUGUGUACUCUAGUUGCAGGACUUGUUACAAUGCACGCCAACUGUUUGAUAAUAUUCUGAACCAGCUUUUGCUUCAUAGGAAGAGUGAAAACAAUGGUUAUUCGAGUGCGAAGAAGUGCGAAAAGCCGGCUGACUUUGUUAAUCUUUUGAAGGAAGCAUUGGUGGGUGUUGUAGAUGGUUUGAAGAGAUCUUCUAGCUCAAAGAAGUUAAAUGGAUGUGUUAAUGGAAGUAUGGUUUACUUGAUUUUUGAUAGUUUAGAGCUUGUUAGAGAUUGGGAUAAGAGUGGUACAAUAUUGCCACUUUUGUUUAAGCUUCAUGAUGUUUUGAAGGUUAAUGAUGUGGGUUUGAUUUUUAUUAGCAGCUCCUCGCUUGAUACGUACCAUUCGGAGACCGGUUUUGUUGAUCCGAUAUCGGUUUAUUUCCCUGAUUAUACAGAAGAGGGACUCAGGCAAAUCUUUAUGAGAAACCAAGCGAAUCCGAAACUCCGAUCCGCUUUUCUUGAUGUGGUAUUGAAGCCUUUCUGUCGAGUAACAAGAAGGCUUGACGAGUUAUCUACUGCUUUAUCACCGUUAUUCAAGAAAUACUGUGAGCCAUUAGACGAUUUAAAUGUUAUCCCUGAUGAAGAAACGAAGAGAAAGUUAUUUAGUUGUCUUCAACCUCAUAUCGGUCCUGCUCUGAAUGAGAUAUUGGGAGUCACUUCUCAGUCAUCUGUAGAAGCUGGAAUAAAAAACAAUUUGAAAAGAAAAGGCGGCUUGAAGAAAUUCGGAAAUGAUUCUAUUGAUGAUAUAGACUUCCAUAUGUCUACUUCCGCAAAAUAUCUUCUCGUUUCUGCGUUUCUUGCUUCUAGAAAUCCUGCUACCCUUGAUGCGUCGUUCUUUGAUUCAACUGGCGGUUCUGCUAAUCAGAAAAAGAGACGAAAGACUUCUGAAAAAUCGAAGGAUUUGAAGGAAGCUUCAGAGCAAGAACUGUUUAUGAAAGGCCCUGGAACUUUUCCUUUAGAAAGAUUAUUAGCUAUUUUCCAGUGUAUCGCGUCAAGUGACGAAUAUUCACUUGAAAACGACGAAGAUCCACAAGAAACAACAGGUUUAGGUGGUGAUUUCGGUGAAAACAAUCUUAUGUCUGAUAUUCUCUUGCAAGUAUCAAGUCUUUGCAAUGCUAAUUUUAUAACCAAGGGUGGAAGUUGUCCACUAGAAGGAUCCACCCGAUAUCGGUCCACAAUUAGCGAGGAUCUUGCAUUAAAAGUAGCUAGGAGCUUGAAGUUCCCGCUUUCAAAGUAUUUGUACAGACGAUAGCAUGCUAGGAGAAAGCUGGUUACAGUCUCUGUUAUAAACCGUAUCAUGAUUCGACCUUUAAAGGUUUGCUAUAUCAUUUCUUGAAAUAUUUUUUAAUUUUACGGAGCUUAUAGCUGUAUUAAUUUGUCACUGCUACAUGUUAGACAUGUUGGUGGUCUGUUUUGUACCUUAAGAACCGAGUUAUGAAACCCUAUGUUCUGUUUGGUAACCUACAUCAGUUUCACUGUUGAAAUACAAGCAGAUCAAAUGUUUUUUUUUU